GGAAUUUCUCUCAAGAGAAGCUGGAGAACUGUUGUGUAUUCCCAACUUCACUGCAUAAAGGACUGAAAACCAGGCCAGACGGUUUACUGCCUAAGGAAGCGAGAGUGAAAACUGAUACACUUGUGGUUGAACUGUUUUUACAGGUAACAUGAACAUCACGGAAUAUUUCGCCAGAAUUUCUUAUAAUGGCUCCUACAAAAACCUGGAUUUCGAGACCUUGACUGCAAUAUUCCAGCACCACAUCAGGGCUGUUCCUUUUGAAAACCUCAGCAUCCACUGCGGUGAAACCAUCAAGUUAGACUUAGAACCAGUUUAUGACAAAAUAGUGAGGAAGAAACGCGGUGGCUGGUGCAUGGAAAACAACCACCUUUUAUCUUGGGUUCUGAAAACACUGGGAUAUGACACCACCAUUAUAGGAGCAAAAGUUUACAGCCCAGAAGAAAAUGCAUAUAAUGAUCAUAUUAAUCACCUUCUGCUAAAGGUGGUCCUGGAUGGGAAAGCCUAUAUAGUGGACGGCGGCUUUGGAAUGGUCUAUCAAAUGUGGCAGCCAAUGGAACUGAUUUCUGGGAAAGACCAGCCCCAGGUUCCCGGCAUCUUUCGCUUCAUGGAAGACAAUGGGAUCUGGUACUUUGAGAAAAUCAAAAGGAAGCAAUAUAAUCCCAACCAAAGCUUCUCUAAUUCCAGUAAUCUGGGAAAAAAUGCAUGUAGGAAAGUUUACCUGUUUACCCUUGAGCCACGAGAGAUAGAAGAUUUCAGGCCCCAGAGUGUGUAUCUUCAGACAUCUCCAGAUUCCCUGUUUGUAACAAAGUCCAUCUGUAGCCUCCAGACCACUGAUGGCCUUUGGGCUUUAGUUGGGUGGAAACUCACCAAGGUAAAAUACAAUUACAAGGAGAACAUGGAUCUGAUGGAAUCCACAACACUUACAGAUGAGGAGGUGGAAAAAACACUGAAAGACAAAUUCAGAGUAAUGCUAGAUCAUAAACUCAUCCCAGUUAACAGCAGCAGAUUGUCUAUGUUUUAAUUUAUUGGCCAGAAUAUAAUUACAUACAGCAACAAAGAGAAUCUCUUUCCCAGCAUUCAAUUAUUGAAAAAAAUGAAGGACUAGGCUGUCAUUUUCUGCCUAGCAUAGAACAAGGGGUGGCACGUAGCAGUGCUACCCCAGCAAAGAAAUUGUGACUCUUGGAGCUACAAUUUCUUCCCUGCUUCUCCCCUGGCUUCAGCUGGUAAAUUACGUCUUCCAGGCUUAUGCCAGUAGCAGAGUACUUUCCACUCUGUUGGGCUCCACUGCACUGGCUGGUGCAUAGGGUGGGGUUGGGGUUGGGGGCUGGAGGCAAGUUUCUGCCCCUUCCCUGCUUCUUUAAUCCCAUGGAGCUGCCCUUUCCAUAUGCAGAAUGGCAAAGUGAAGAUUUUUCCAGGGACUGAGGUGAGGCUGACUGGCCUGUAGUUCCCUGGAUCCUCCUUCUUCCCUUUUUCAAAGAUGGGCACGACGUUAGCCUUUUUCCAGUCAUCCAGAACCUCCCCUAAUCGCCAUGAAUUUUCAAAGAUAAUGGCCAAUGGCUCUGCAAUCACAUCCGCCAACUCCUUUAGCACCCUCGGAUGCAGCUCAUCCAGCUUUUCUAAAUAGUCCUGAACCACUUCUUUCUCCACAGAGGGCUGGUCACCUCCUCCCCAUGCUGUGCUGCCCAGUGCAGUAGUCUGGGAGCUGACCUUGUUCGUGAAGACAGAGGCAAAAAAAGCAUUGAGUACAUUAGCUUUUUCCACAUCCUCUCUCACUAGGUUGCCUCCCCCAUUCAGUAAGGAUAAAUACGUUAAAGAUAUGACGGUAACGAGGGUGAAAUACAUACUUAAGAUAGCUAGAGUUGAUGUCUCUUAUAUUAUGAUGUGUGAUGGGACACCCAUGUUGCCAGCUAGACCCUGCAAGAAUUUCAUUUGAAAAUCUGGACACACUGUACUGAGCCCAUUUCCAUGGUAUUUCACUAUAUGUUCUUGCUUUAGAAUUUCAUUUCCUCUUGUGGCAGGAAGAGGGAAGGCAUGAGCUGUUAUAAAUAACCACCGCACGUGUGCAGCACAGCUGACUGGAUUCACCAUGUGAGAGUCUGGGGGCACUUGAAUAUCACAGCAGAUGGUGCAGAGGGAAGUUAUUCUGUCUACAUGGAACACUUUGCAUUUCUGUUUCUUAAACCACAUUUAACUCAUGUGAGUCCAUUUUUUGUGACUGCUCAGCAUUUUAAUCAUAUCUUUCAAAUGGCACCACUGAUGGAUGGCAAAAUACCUAUUAGCUGAGUGAGUCAAUGCCCCUUGAAGGAAAGGAUACAAUUUCCUGAUAGAGCCCCUAUCUGAUAGUAAACUGAUACUAAGCUUGAUUUUAAUGCAAAAGCUUCUUUUUAAUAAUUCAUCAUCAACAACCAGAAUAUUAAAUGACUUUUCACCUGAAAAGGAAUCUGGGCUGUUGAUCAAUAAGAACAACAGAACACAGGUCACUUUCUGUGCCCCUCACAUAUGGAAGCAACCCCAUUAACUCAUGUAUCAACUAUGUGUAUGACUAAGAUUUUGUAAGACAACAGCCCCUGUUAUUAACCAGUGCAUACAAUGGUUACACCCACGCACAUCACACAACAAAAUGAGCCUCAGAGAUAUUUUAUUGUACAAGGCUGGUCUUCAUAAAAUAUUUCUGAACAUACAAAUAAUCAUGACAAACAGAACAGUCUUUAUGAAUGCUUAGUUGUUUUUGGCAGGGGAAUAACAGCCCUUUCCAAGUCUCAGUGAUGAGUGUAGGACCAAUUGGUAGAUUGAUUAAAAAGAAAUGACCAAGUUCUUCCUGAAGGAGAAUAAAAGUCAUUAAUAUGCAAUAAUAUGAUGAGUAGAAAUUAUAUGCAUUGCAGCCCUGAUAUUCUAUGAUUCUAUUCUAUUAUUACAAGCACCCCAUAGCUAGGAAAGGGCUAUUAUCCCCAUUUUACAGAUGAGGAACUGAGGUGGGGAGAGAGAGAGAGACUAAAGCCUAGAUUCUCAGUGGUAGUCAGGAUUUCAAUAGAAAUUAGGAACCUAAAAACCUUUGAGGAUCUGGGCCUAAGUGACCUGUCCAAGGUCACACAGAGGGGCUGUGGCACAGCAGGGAUUUGAAGUCAGGUCUCUUCAGUCUCAGAAUAGCAUUCUAGUCAGUAGGCCAUCCUUUCUCUAUAAGCCACUGUCAUAAAUAUAAAGGGAAGGGUAAACACCUUUAAAAUCCCUCCUGGCCCGAGGAAAAACCCUUUCACCUAUAAAGGGUUAAGAAGCUAAAGAUAACCUCGCUGGCACCUGACCACAAUGACCAAUGAGGAGACAAGAUACUUUCAAAGCUGGAGGGGGGGAGAAAUAAAGGGUCGGCGUCUGUCUGUGUGAUGCUUUUGCCGGGGACAGAACAGGAACAGAGUCUUAGAACCUAGUAAGUAAUCUAGCUAGAGCUGCGUCAGAUUCUGUUUGUUUAAAUGGCUGAGAAAAUAAGCUGUGCUGAAUGGAAUGGCUAUUCCUGUUUUUGUGUCUUUUUGUAACUUAAGGUUUUGCCUAGAGGGAUUCUCUGUGUUUUGAAUCUGAUUACCCUGUAAUGUAUUUACCAUCCUGAUUUUACAGAGGUGAUUCUUUUUUACUUUUUCUUCUAUUAAAAUUCUUCUUUUAAGAAACUGAA